AUGACCCAUGCCUAUGCAAAGUUUAAGAGUAACCAUAGGAUUAUACAUACCAAUUCCAUUGAUAGUACACCUUCUAAUUCGGAUUAUUCAAAUAAUAGUACCUUAUCUUUGGAAUCAGAGAUUCCAAUGAGUAAAGGUAAUCACACAAUAAAUGAUGAACGAAAUGAUCAUCAUCUACGUCUUCAUAAUCUGUCACACAAACGGUUGGAUAGUGACUUGACAGUGACUAAUGAUGAUAUUGAACGCCAGGGGAUGCCCAACUCCUCUAAAAAGGCAAAACGAAUGUUUAGUUGGAUGUUCACCAGUAAAAUACCUCCAGUAACUCUUCCACAAGAUAGGAAACCAUAUCCUUGGAAGUCCUCAAAUUUUUUAUGGAGAACCUUCUUUUGGUGGUUCUGGCCCAUACUAUACAAGGGUUAUUUAAGAACUCUUGAACCUGACGAUUUGUUUAAAUUAACAGAAGAUCUUAAGGUUGAGAACAUGCAUUCCAAGUUUGAGAAGAACUUGAGCAAAAGAAUAGAAGCUAAAAGAGCUCAAUAUAUCAAGAACAAGCAACCACAUCCAGACAUGACUAAGUUUGAAUGGUCUAAGAUGCUUAUACCUUUGGCAUUAUUUGAUACCUUUAGGUUUCAAUACACCAUGUCUUGUAUUUAUUUGGUUCUCGCCUAUACCACUCAAUCUGUGUCACCUUUAAUCACCAGAAGACUUAUUGACUUUGUUACUUACAGAUACUACGGAUUAGAGAAAACAGUCAAUAAUGGUGUUGCCUACUCAUUGACUUGUGUGGUAUUAAUCUCGUUAAAUGGAUUGUUGUUGAAUCAUUUCUGGCAAAACUCAAUGACUACUGGUGCUCAAGCUAAAGCCGUAUUAACCAAAUCACUUUUACUUAAAUCAAUGAGAAUGAGUAACAAGGCAAGACAAAAGUUCCCUAUUGGUAACAUUACAUCCUUGAUGGCUACUGAUUUGUCUAAAGUUGAUUUGGCCUUUGGUUUUGCUCCUGUUUUAUUUUGUUUCCCAAUCCCAGUGAUAAUUGCUGUAGCUUUACUUUUGACCAAUUUGGGAGUUACCUCGUUAGUAGGUAUUGGUUUGUUUGUUGUAUCAUUAGUUAUAUGCUCUCUGCUAUCUAAGGUCCUCUUUGCUAUUAGAACAAGAGCGGUCAAGUACACGGAUCAACGGAUCAGUCUAAUGAGAGAAGUGUUGUCUCAUUUGAAGGUGAUUAAGUUCUAUGCCUGGGAAGAAGCUUACAGAGAACGGAUCACCAAAAUAAGAGACUUGGAAAUGAAGGAAUUGUUCAAACUUAAAGUUGUUAGAGACAUUGUUAGUGCAUAUGCCUUGACGUUACCAUUCACGACUUCCAUGAUUACAUUUGUAGUACUUUGGGCUACAGAUUCAUUCAAAUCUCCAGGUAAAAUGUUUGCUUCAUUAUCGUUGUUUGGGAUUUUGGCUCAAUCGAUUAUGUUACUUCCCUUGGCCCUUUCGACUUCUUCAGAUGCUAUGGUUGGUUUUGAAAGAUUAAGAAAGGUUUUCCAGGCACAUGAAUACGAUUCAGAAGACGCCAGACUUGCAAACACCAAUAACGCAUGGUCAAGACCAUUACCUCCAAGUGUCUCCAUCUCAUGCCGUAGUUGUUGCUUCAAUUAUGGCAGCUUAGAAGCCGGUGAUGAUUCCAUGCUAUCAGAAGCAGGUAGCACUUUGUCCUCUGAGUUAAAGGAAAAGACUGCCAGCUUUGAUAACUUUGCUACAGCAUCAGAGUCUGGGUCUUUAGGUUCUUCUGCAAGAAACUUUCCUGGUGUUAUUGACCUUUCGGUGGAUAUUCAAAAGGGUAGUUUUGUCAUGAUCACAGGUAUAAUUGGUUCUGGGAAAACAACUUUGUUGAACGCCUUGGGUGGUCUUGUUAAGCUUUCCUCUGGCUCCUUGCAAGUUUCGUCCGAACCACUCUUGUGCUCCAAUUCAUGGAUUCAAAAUGCUACUUUUAGAGAUAACAUUACUUUUGGCAGACCUUUUGAUCAUGACUUGUAUAAAAAGGUUUUGUUUGCCUGUGCUUUAGAAGACGACCUUGCAUUGCUUCCCUCUGGCGAUUUGACAGAAAUUGGUGAACGUGGUGUUACGUUAUCAGGAGGACAGAAGGCCAGAUUAAAUUUAGCUAGAGCUGCAUACCAUGGACUGGAAAUUAUGUUAUUUGAUGAUAUCUUGAGUGCUGUGGAUGUACGUGUUGGGAAGCACAUUGUUAGACAUUUGUUUGGUGACUUGUUGAGAGGCCAUACCAUUGUUCUAGCUACCCAUCAAAUAUCAUUAGUCUCUAACGUUGACCAGAUCAUCUUUUUAAAUGGGGAUGGUACGGCUGAUGUCGGUAAUGUUCAAGAGUUGAAGAGCAGAAACCAGAACUUUAGAAACUUGAUUGUGUUCGCCGAGGAGAUUGCUGGUAAAGUGAAGAAAACAACUAAGGAAACGAAAUUCGAAUUGUAUGACUCGGGUUCUAAUCUGCUGAAAUCCUCACAAGCUCUUAUCAACGGUAAGAUCAUUCAGGAAGAAGAGAAAAGUGUUAAUGCUAUCUCAGCGAGUGUUUAUACCAAAUAUAUUACCCUUGGUUCCGGAAUCAUUGGUAAGCUCAUGCCUUAUGCCUUUUUGUUUGCGGUGAUACUUGCAACCUUCACCCAAAUCUUUACCAACACUUGGCUAUCUUAUUGGGUUGAGAAGAAGUUCAAGGGGAAGUCAGACAAAUUUUAUGUCAGUAUCUAUAUUGCCCUUACCUUUAUUACGGUCUUUUUAACUGCUGUUGAGUUUGUAUUCCUUGGCUAUGUCAAUAACGUUGCUUCGAGAGUCAUUAACAUCAGCGCCGUCAACAGAAUCUUGCAUGUUCCCUCCAGCUUUUUAGACACUACACCUAUGGGAAGAAUUUUGAAUAGGUUUAGCAAAGACACUGAUGCCUUGGAUAACGAGUUGGGUGAACAGUUGAGAUUGUUCAUAUUCCCAAUGGCUCUUAUCAUAGGUAUCAUUAUAUUGUGUGGUACUUACUUGCCCUACUUUUUGAUAUCUGUCCCCUUUUUGGCAUUUGCCUUUGUCUUUAUUUCCAACUUUUAUCAAGGCUCAGGUAGAGAGAUCAAGAGAUUGGAAGCUAUCCAAAGAUCAAAAGUGUACAACAACUUCAAUGAAACUCUUACAGGAAUGGCUACCAUUAAGGCUUUCAAGGCAGAAAGUAUGUUUCUUAAGAAGAAUGACGAAUUCUUGAACAGGAUGAACGAAGCUUACUUGCUAACCAUUGCAAACCAAAGAUGGUUGUGUGUGCACUUGGACUUUGUUGCUGCUGCCUUUGCAGCCAUUAUUAGUUUGUUGUGUGUGACUGGACUGUUCAAUAUUUCUCCUUCAUCCACUGGGUUGUUGAUCAACUAUGUCAUUCAGAUUGUUGGGUUUCUUUCAUUAACUGUCAGAGCGAUGACUCAAGCUGAAAAUGAAAUGAACUCGGUUGAAAGGUUAUACAACUAUGCUUUCAACAUUGAGCAAGAACCCCCGUACAAGAUCCCUGACCAUGAACCCGCAAAGGAUUGGCCAUACUCUGGUUAUAUCCAAUUUGAAAACGUUACCUUACGUUACAGGCCUAACUUACCUGUGGUGUUGAAGAACUUGAACUUUUCCAUUUACCCUGGUGAAAAGGUUGGUAUUUGUGGUAGAACUGGGGCAGGUAAAUCAUCUAUUAUGACUGCAUUAUACCGAUUGGCCAAUAUAGAAACAGGGACUAUUCGGAUUGAUGGGUUAGAUAUUACCAAGUUGGGACUAUACGACUUGAGAUCACGGUUAUCCAUAAUUCCUCAAGAUCCUGUAUUGUUCCAGGGCACCAUAAGAAAGAAUUUAGAUCCCUUCAACGAUUAUGAUGAUGAAGUACUUUGGAGUGCCUUAAGAAGAGCAGGUCUCUUGGACUACUUGACCAUUGAACGGUACGGCCAUUACAAACUCGAUGGUAAACAUAUUACAUCUGAAGAUUUGCCUAAAUUCCAUUUGGAUCAAGUUGUUGACGAUGAAGGAGUCAACUUUUCCCUUGGAGAACGUCAAUUGUUGGCACUUGCCAGAGCAUUGGUAAGCGAUACAAAGAUUUUGAUUUUGGAUGAAGCCACUUCACUGGUUGAUUAUGUUACUGAUUCCAAGAUUCAAAAGACUAUUGCUAGAGAGUUUAAGCAUUGCACCAUCCUUUGCAUUGCCCAUAGAAUGAAAACUAUUCUAGAUUACGAUCGUAUUUUGGUGAUGGACGGUGGGAAGCUCAUCGAGAAGGGUUCCCCUUAUAAUUUAUAUAAACAAGAGGGUGUAUUUAGACUGAUGUGUGAUAAGGCUAAUGUUAAAGUUGAAGACUUUUAG